GCGCUCAUAGGCUACAGAAGUGGUGGGCUUUGCAGUGUGUGAAGGCAAGUGUCACCAUGGUCAACCUUAUAUGGGGAGGAUCUUAAACCUGCGUGGCUGCAUAAAUCAUAUAAUUCAAGAUGAAGACGUGAUCAUAGCACAUUCGGCAUCGGAAUAUCAUUAAAUUCUGUCGCGCACGAUAGAACCUUGAACGCCGGGCACCGCUGCAGAGGUGGUAGACACUUAGGCGGGGGCUGGAGCCGAAGACGGACACAUAUAUUUUAUGCUAUUAAUACAACUGAGCACUAUGAAGCGAAGAAAGAUUGUGGUUGCAGCAGGUUUCUGCCUCUCUUUCUUCCUCGGUACGCUGAUGAAUUUGCUGUACAUACCAGGGUUCGAGCACCAUCAGAACCACGACAAUAGAGUACAUCGGUACUACCACAAAAAACAGCAGCGGGUUACAGGCGAUUCCCAGCUUCACGUCGGCGAGUCAGACACUAAAGAUGUGGCCGAGUCCAGUAGUAAGAACGCCGCGGGAAGCAGGCAUCACCAGGACUUAUUACUGCAGAUACGAGAGAGAUUCGAUGAGGUUGUGCGGUACCGUCGGCGCCAAGGACAUGGGUCUGGGACCGGGGACCCCGUCCGCCCGCUGGAGAGAAGGAGACUCAUGGAUUCAGAGCCAGGGGACAAUUGGGACCCUAUCAAAGUCAUUGAGCGAACCGAUAACCAACAGACGCAUUUUCAAAAUCGGCUUUCACCUUCCACAUACAUGCAAACAAAAUCACGGAAAGAUUUAACUAUGAAUUCGAGGAGCAUUAACAGUACACCGAUGCUUGACUGCAGCAGCAUAGACAACGUGACCAAUAUUCAGUACCUCGGCUCAGGCUACACAAAGGCUGUCUACAAGGCGGCUCUCAACAACAGCUUGUCCGUGGCUCUGAAAUCGGUGGAUUUCGGGGGACACGAUAUGGAAAAUUGCGUAAAGAAAUAUGGUUCACCUGGAGACUGCUACAGACUGGCGUCCUUCAAAAUAGUGAAAGAAAUGACGCUAAUGGAAAGGCUACAGCACCCCAACAUUCUAAAGUUGUAUGGUUACUGCUACCAGGACAGCAAUGACAUCCAGGACACAGUGACAGCCAUUACAGAGCUCGGUAGUCCUCUGGAGAUGAUUCAACUACUGCAGACCUCCUGGGAGGAACGCUUCAGGAUCUGCCUGAGUCUGGUACGUCUUCUCCACUACCUGGCCCACUCUCCUCUAGGCUCUGUCACCCUGCUGGACUUCAGGCCACGCCAGUUUGUCUUGGUGGCGGGGGAGCUCAAAGUCACCGACCUGGACGACGCCAGCACCGAGGAGGCCCCUUGCUCACCCUCCUCCACCUCAGACUGCGUCAUGGAGUUUCCCGCCCGCAACUUCACCCUCCCCUGCAGCAGAGGCCGCUGCCUGGGCAUCAACGAGAAGCGCAAUCUCUACAACGCCUAUAGGUUCUUUUUCACCUACCUGCUGCCUCACAGUGCCCCGCCCACUCUAAGACCCCUACUGGACAAGAUAGUUAACUCCACAGGAGAGCUGAUAUGGGGGAUAGAUGAGACACUACUUCAGUUGGAGGAAGUGUUGUACCUGUACAGGAAUGGAUUUUACCUACAGAACAGCACACAGACGCACAGAGCAGACUAUAAGCGUGUAGUGGAUGCCUCUAUUCCUGGGGAGAACUACCGCUGCUGGCCAUCCUAUCAGCACGAUGGAUGUCUGCUGUCAGUCUACAGCAUCACAGAGGCUAUUGGUGUAUGUGAGAGCCACGCCCAGUGCCGAGCAUUUGUACUGACCAAUCAGACAACCUGGACAGGUCACCAGCUUGUAUUCUUCAAGACGGGCCCUGCCAGUCUAAAGUCUGCCAAGGGACGGGUCACCUACGUCAGAGUGGGCAGCUGAACCAAAGGAGAGGGAGGAGACUUAACUACCAAACCUUCUUCUGAUUGGCUAACCUGAUCCUGGGGCAUGCCCUCACGGCAUAGUGAGCCACCCCAUUGGAUGGGUCGGGCAGAGGGAGUGUAAGAUGGAUCCUAGACCACACCCUCCAGUGUGAACCUCCACGGGCCGUAAAGAAGGCUAACCCAAACCAGCUCCCGCUGAAGUGCAAUAAUAACUCAAGGAGAACAUUUAUCGUAACAUAGAUGUUGAUGAUCUGUCCGCCAUUCAAUGUAUAAACGUGACUAUUUUUCGGUUGUGCCGGCUUUUAGCUCAGGGUAUGGUGAGGUUACCCUUCUAGCUAAGAGGGGUGAGAAUGUAUCCCUGUGGUCAGAUGCCCCUCCUGUGCCCCCUAAACUACCUUCACAUAUCUGGUCAGAAGGAUCUCCUUCUGGUACUGUAGAGUGUUUAAUCAUUGUUCUGUGAAGGCUUCGAGGCGGCCUCAUUAUGAAGCAUCAGCCAAUCAUCAAACAAUAGGAAAGGUACUCAACAAACAUAUUCCAAUUUUUUUCUCCAAAUUAGGGUUGGGUUCAAUCUGUAUCGCUGAAGGUCAGUGUUAUAGCGUGAUUUAAAUUUAAAGGCAAUGUUCCCGCCCGAUUGCAUUCCCGGUAAAGGCUGCGUAUGUCGGCUGAAUCGGAAAUGACCUUUACAUUUCGAUUGUGCAAUGUGACGUUUUAGCGAUACUUACUGAAUCGAGCCCUAGGACUAGUUCAAUCGUGCGUCUUUAUGCAAUGUUCAGGCUUUAUUCUAGGUGGAAACAAAGGUAUUGGCAAAGGACUGAUGUUCCAGUGUUACUGUGACGUCUUAGUCAGUUAAUAAGCUCUUGUUUUUUUAUUCUCUGACGCUGAGUGCUGCUCAGACUUUCUCCCUCCUUCCCGACCCUGUCUCUCUUUCUCUAUUUCCUUUCCCUUCCUCUGUCUUGUGUUAGAUCCACAGCACUUUCGAUUAAGUCAAACAGGGGUUCUCUAUGCUUUCAAAAAGCAACUCAAUAAGUAAUUGAUUUCCACGUCUUGGUGGCUGAAGAAUCUGUUCUUAUAGAACAGAGGAUUGUAACAGCUGAGUUAUCAGAUCAAAUAUCUUCUAUUUCAAUCCUAUGUUGAUGAAAACAAAGAAAUUGUUCUCGUAUGGGAAAAUCAAGGACUUAUUUGGAAUAUUGUGUCAUUGUUGAUUUUGCAUGUUGACCAAAUGUAAUGUAGUGUAGUGACCUCCUUGAGAGGGUCACUUUUUUGAUCAUUUUGUAUUUAUUGAGAACAGUGUGUGUUGGUUCCUGUCCCACUCCUGGGUCGCGUUCAUUAGGCACCAAACGGAAGAAAAGGGACUAAAACAGGAAGGGAUUACCCAAACUUGUCCAAAAAGAAAUUCUCAUUUUCGUUUUCUGUUGCAAAACGCUUUGCCCUAAUGAAUAUGACCCUAGGUUUAGAGAAAACACAGCAGGAAGUAAUCUCCAUCUAUUCUAAUUUCCUAAGGAAAUGUGACACGAACCUUUAGAUAAAUAAUCAGACAAGUAUCAAAGAGCUCUUGCUUUCAGUGAAAGCAGAACAUUCUGGAAAAAAAUGACCAAAAGUGAAUUUGACAAAAGCUUUAACACUGUGUAGGCUGUUCAUUGAUGUAUAUAAUGAUGAUAAUGAUGAGAUGGCUAUUUUUAUAUGGAAAAAUACAAAACUUGUGGCAAAUGA